AUGGGGACGCCGCCGAGCCCAGCCCGGCCACGCCGAGCCGCCGCCCGCCCUAGGCCCGGCUCCGGGGACUUGUGCGGCCGGCGGGCUGCGGGCGAGCGGCCGGGCGUGGGUCCCGGGCGCCGGGAGCUGCUGGAGGGCCGGUCCGGGCGGCAGCGCGGCGCCCGGGCUGGCCGGGUCCCAGCCGAGGCGCGGAGAAGCGAGGUGACCGCAGCGGCGAGGGGCUGCAGCGUCCGGGGGCCGCACUCCUGCACACGUCUUCGCAGCGCCUGCCGAACGCAGCCUCCAGCGCAGCUACAAAUGGCCGUCUGGGGGCCGGGCCGCCAGGCUGAGCCUUCUUUAAGCCUCAUUAGUCUGGAAGUCAAUGAUAUUUUUCAGGAGCCGGAAGAGUUAGCGUUUUUUGGACUCACUCCCUGGAAGGCUGUAAUCAGAGGCCCAGCCAUGGGGGAGAUUCCCUGGGGCAUCAGCCACGAACCAAAGGAGCAGGAAGAGGACUUGGGCCUGGCCUGGCCCUACUGCACAUUUGUGGCCCUUUUCCCCUCAGUGAUUCAAAGACCUGUUCCUUUCAUUUUGUGGUUCUGUCGUCCCCCAGAGCUUCAGCAGGCAGGAGAACAGGGUGUGGAAGAGUCACGCUCACUUCCUGAAAGCUUUGGCCCAGAAAUGACACACGUCCUUUCUGCUUACAUUCCACGGGCAAAAAACGAUAUGCAUGGUCACACCUGGGCGCAAGGAUGGCUAGAAAAUGUAAUCCCUGCCCAGGCAGCUGCUCCUGGCAACAAUUUGUAUCAAGGAGAAGGAACUGAAAUUCUGGAGGACACGCCAAUGGUUAAGAAUCCUCCUGCCGACUUCCUGUCUUACUGCAAAGCUCAUGGCGGCGCGCUGCUCACUGGCUACCAGGCACUGCGCACCGAGGGCUUCCUGUGCGACGUGACCCUGGAGGCCGAGGGCAGCGAGUUCCCGGCGCACAGGUCGCUCCUCGCGUGUUCCAGCGACUACUUCAGGGCCCUGUUCAAGAGCCACACCCGGGAAGCCCGGGCGCCCGUGAUCCACCUGCAUGUGCCGUCGGCGGCCGGCCUGCAGCGCCUGCUGGACUUCAUCUACACCGCCUGGCUGCCACUCUCCAUGGACACCGUGGAGGACACGCUGGAGGCCGCCAGCUACCUGCAGGUCACCGAGGCCCUGGGGCUGUGCGGCUGCUACCUGGAGUACCAGCUAGGCCCGGAGAACUGCUGCUUCACCGCCAACGUGGCGGCGUGCUUCGGCCUGGUGCACACACUGCGCGCUGCCGAGCGCUGCAUUGUGAGCCACCUGCGGGAGCUGCUGGCGCGGGGCGCGGGCCCCGCCAGGCUGCUGGAGCUCAACCCCGCGUCGCUGAGGGCCGUGCUGGGUGCCCCUGACGUGGCGCGCGUGCCCGAGGCCCGGCUGCUGGGCCUGGCCCUGGCCUGGCUGCGGCAGGAACCUGAGGCCGAACGGCUGGACCACUGCGCCGCGCUGCUCGAGCGCGUCCGCUUCGGCCUGGUGCCCACCGACGUGCUGCGGCGCGUGUACUCGGGCUCCGGCCUCACCCUGCCCUCCCGGGUCAAGGGCCUCAUCAUCCAGGCCCUCAACUACCACACGUCCCCCUCCCGCCAGCCGCUCAUGCAGGGCGAGCAGACCAGCGUCCGGAGCCCCCAAACCCGCAUCUUGUUGGUCGGGGGGUGCAGGGGGCGGGAGGUGGUGACCGAGGAGGUCGUGGUCCCCCGGCGGGCAGCCAGGGGGAGGCCCGAGGAAGAGGAGGAGGAAGAGGAGCAGGUGGAGGAGGAGGAGGAGUGGGAGCUUACCCAGGACGUGGUGGCCUUUGACGUGUACAACCACCGCUGGCGCAGCCUCACGCGGCUGCCCGCUCUGCUACUGGGGCACAGCGUGUGCGCCGCGGGCAACUUCCUGUUCGUCCUCGGCGGGGAGAGCCCGUUGGGCAGCGGCUCCUCCCCCACAGCCGACAGCCUGCGGGCGGUCACGGCCCAACUGCACCGUUAUGACCCGCGCUUUCACGCUUGGACGACUGUGCCCGCUAUGCGGGAAGCGCGGUCCCAUUUCUGGUGCGGCGCCGUGGGCGAGGGGCUCCUGGCCGUCGGGGGCCUGGGCGCGGGCGGCGAAGCGCUGGCUUCAGUGGAGAUGUACGACCUGCGCCGGGACCGCCGGAUGGCGGCCGGGGCGCUGCCGCGGGCCCUGUACGGCCACGCGGGGGCCGUCGGGAAGUGCGGCGUCGUGUACGUCUCCGGGGGCAAGGCGGGGAGAGGCGAGGGCGCCGCGAGCAGCCUCCGGGACGUGUUCUCCCUGGGCCCCGGGGAGCAGGCGUGGAGCAAGAGGGCGCCCAUGGGCACGGCCCGCUUCGGGCACCACAUGGCCGCACUGCGCGGCGCGGUGUUCCCCUUUCUGGGGCGCUACGAGCCCUUCUCCGAAAUCGAGCGCUAGGACCCCGGCACCGACCAGUGGACUCGGCUGCGGCCGCUACCCUACGACCGCUUCUGCUAUGGGCUGGCCGUGGUGGUGGAGACGGUGCUGCUGCUGGACUCACGCCAGGUGCCUACCCGCAACGUGGUGGGUUAUGACCUCGACCUGGACCGCUGGGAGGACACUGGCUGCGCGCUGCCUUGGGCCUGGAGCGGCCUGCAGUGCGCAGUGCUGCAGUUGGCCGAGCGUGGGGACGAAGAGAGGGAGGGAGAGCCCGGAGAGGCGCCAGAUUUAGUGCUGGGCUUAAUGGGUUAG